GUAUGGGAAACAAUGCAUAUGGACAGUGUGGAAGAAAAAUAGUAGAAGGUGAAGUUUACAGUGGCAGCCAUGUGAUUCACAAGAUUGAAGAACUGGAUGAGAAAAUUGUUGAGGUUGCCUGUGGUCAGGAUCACAGUCUCUUCAGGACAGAUAAAGGUGAAAUAUAUUCCUGUGGCUGGGGAGCAGAUGGCCAGACAGGUCUUGGUCAUCACAACAUGACAAGCACACCAACAAAACUAGCUGGGGAUAUUGCAGGAGUGAAUAUAGUUCAGAUGGCUACCUAUGGAGACUGUUGUCUGGCUGUGUCCAGUGAUGGAGAACUCUUUGGAUGGGGAAACUCUGAGUAUCUGCAGCUUUCAGUCGUUACAGAAACCACACAGGUGAAUAGCCCAAGACACUUGCCAUUCAAAAACAUUGGAAAGGUAGAAAUGGCUGCUUGUGGAGGAACUAAUGCAGCUAUUUUAAACGAUAAGGGACAUGUGUUUGUUUGGGGCUACGGUAUACUUGGUAAAGGACCAGACUUGUCUGAAUCUAGAACUCCAGAGAUGAUACCACCUACUCUCUUUGGCCAGACAGAAUACAGCCCCAAUAUCAGGGUGUCUCGGAUUCGCUGUGGACUGAACCAUUUUGCAGCAGUCAAUGACAAAGGAGAGUUGUUUGCUUGGGGUAAGAAUGUGCGAGGCUGCCUUGGCAUUGGAAGAACUGAAGACCAGUACUUUCCAUGGCGGGUGACUGUGCCAGGGCAGGUCGUAGAUGUGGCCUGCGGAGUAGAUCAUAUGGUUGCCCUCGCAAAAUCACUUGUUUGACAAUACUGAAAGCUGUCAUAUGAGCUGCCAUAUUCACCUGGAGAAUAGUAGCUUAACAUUUGCACUUUAGGAAUAGUCUUCUAAAGAGCUCUACCUGGGUAUGAUGAUGGUGAAUCUUCGACUGACUAGAUGUCUGUUACUCACAUUCACUCCUUGCUUCAUGUCUGUGCACAAAAGCAUAUAAAGUAUGUUUGCAUUUUUA